CUCACCGUCGAGAUACUCUCUAGACUUCCAGGAGAAGCCCUCAUCCGAUUUCAGUAUGUGUCGAAGCUGUGAUUCUCAAUCAUUCGCAGUAAAGAUUUCGCCGACUCGUUUCUGGUUAGGUCAAAGACUCGACCUCGUUUCCUUUUCACCUUCAAGCACUUCGAUUCCCGUAAACGUUUCAUCUUCUCAGCUCCAGAACACCAAAGAAACAACGAAUUCCCCACAGUUGUCGCCAGACACGACAUGACGAUCUCGGAUCUGGUCUACUACAUCAGAACUCGUCCCGUGAAUGGUUUCUUCUGCUGCACGCGUGGCUCUUCGAUCGCCGUUUGUAAUCCGACCACUAGACAAAUAGUGAAACUGCCGGAUGUUGUCUCCAACGGGAGACAAGUUUUCGCACGUCUCGGGUACGACCCGGUAGGAGAUGAAUACAAAGUGUUGUGUGUAAUGAUGUUCAAUCCUGACCGCGCUAAACGUGGGAAAAAAGGUUUCCAACUGGAGCAUUACGUUUUCACAUUGCAGUCUCAACAAAAAGAGUGGAGAAAGAUUGAAAUCACCCAAGGUGUUAUUAGAUAUCACGAUGUCCAUGAAGGGAUUUGCAUCAAUGGUGCUAUAUACUAUAUAGCUGAAGGCAGCUCAGGAAUAAUUAGAUUCGAUGUAAGAUCUCAGAAGCUGGACCUGAUUCAAGCACCCGACGAAAAAUCGCAUGUUUCUUCUUCUCUUUUAAACUACAAUGGGAAAUUGGGCUGUGUAGAUUUUACAAACGAUGAGAUGGUGUUGUGGAUUUUAGAAGAUGCUGAGAAACAAGAAUGGUCUGAGUUGCGGUGUGCCCAACCUGAUGACUUGGAUGAUUUACUUGAGGAUUACGUUAACCUUAAGGGAGAGAUUCGUACGGGUGAGCUUAUUAUGAUUGAUUCACGGUUACAGUCACAUAUACCGUUUAGUGUUUUUUAUUACGAUUUUCAAAGAGAGAGCAUACGAAGAGUGGAUAUCGAAGGAAUUGCUGAUGAUGAAUUUAAACGUGUUCGGUAAGCGAACUCGUGAGAUUUUGAG